AUGGAGUCACCAUCCCAGGACAAAAGGCCAACUCACAUCAUCACUAUAAAACCAAAUGAAACUGUAUGGACUGCAUUUCCCUACAGACCUCAUAGCUCUCUGCUGGAUUUUCUGAAGGGAGAGCCAAGAGUCUUGGGGGCUACCCAGAUCCUGCUUGCUCUAAUCAUUGUGGGCCUUGGAACUAUGUUUGUACUUAAUUACAUCCGUUUCUCCCAAAGAUUUCCCCUUGUUGUCCUCACGGGAUAUCCAUUUUGGGGAGCACUUAUUUUUAUUCUUACAGGAUAUUACACAGUAACCAACAAGAAGUCAAAAAUUCUGGGUCAAGGUGUCAUGAGCAUGAAUGUUAUCAGUUCCUUGGUUGCGAUAACUGGGAUUACUUUAAUCAUUGUCAGCUAUAGACAUCAAGACAAGUACUGCCAGACGUCUUCCGUUGAAGAAAUAUGUGCUUUAGGUAGAACUCUUUUCAUUGGAAUUUUGUCAGUCUUACUGAUCAUCAGCAUAGCAGAGCUCAGCAUCUCUGUGACUAUUGCAUCCUUUAGAAGCAAGUGCUGGACACAGUCAGAUGAGGUCCUGUUUUUCUUGCCUUCUGAUGUUACUCAAAAUAGUGAACAACCUGCCCCAGAAGAAAAUGCUCAAUUACAAUUUGAGCUUCAAGAAGAGUUUUCCAGUGACGAUUCAACAACAAACGCACACUCUGUUUUCUUUGGAGGCUAUGCUUUCUUCAAGUUAAGACUCUCUAGAAGUCCUUUAGUCUCCCAACCAGGUAAUAAAGGUACGGAAUUUGUGCCAGAUGAACAAAAGCAAAGUAUCCUUCCAUCUCCCAAAUUUUCAGAGGAAGAAAUUGAACUAAAACCUUUGCCUCCUACAUUAGAGGAAAAGCCCUCAGAAAAUAUGCCCAUUCAGCUCGACUCUACAUUUAAACAAAUGAAAGAUGAAGAUCUACAAUCUGCUAUUGUACAACCUUCCCAAAUGCAAACCCAGUUUCCGCAGGACCAAGCUGUGUCACUCCAAGUUUUCCCAUCCCAUUCUAUACUAAAACUCGAAGAUCUGUCACCUGAAGACUUGCCAUCCCAAGCUCUACCAGUAGAAGGCCUGUCAGAACAAUCCAUGCCAUCUAGGUCUACAACAUCCCAUGACAAACAGUCUUAUAAUCUGACAGCUAAUGACCUGCCCCCUCAAGGCAUACUAUCCCAAGACACACCAUCUCAAGAUAUGCUGUUUCCUGACAUGACAUCCCAAGACAUGAAAUCCCUAGAUAUGCUAUCUCAAGACACAUCACCCCACAACAUGCCACCCCAAGACACACCUUCCCAAGAUAUGCUAUCCCAAGCUCUAUCAGCACAUGCCAUAUUACCUGAAGCCUCAACACCCCAUAUUGUGCAGUUCCCUAAAAUACAACAGCUACUUCAGCAGCCCCCAGAUCUUCAACCAGAAAACACUGAACCUCAAAACCGGCAAAUUUUACAAAUGUCAUAUCAAGAUAUUAGAUCAGAAGUUAUGGAAGAGACCAAAGAAUGGAAAUCUGAGGAGGAACUCCAUAGAAGAAAAUCCUCAAGACGGCAUUCCUUAAACCAGCAAACCAAAGCCUUGCAAUACUUAAGGAGAUAUUCUUUAGACAUGCAAACCAAAGGACAUAAAUCCUCAAAGAGGCGUUCCUUAGAUCAGCAAAGCAAAGGCUGGCAAUCUCCAAUGCGGAAAUCCUUAGACCAGCAAAUCAAAGACUGGCUAUCCCCAAAGAGGCACUCCAUAGAUAAGCAAGUUCAACUUAAUCAAACUACAGAGCAACUCCCAGAUCAACAAGUUGAAGAUCAGCAAGCCAAAGGGGAACGACACCCAGAAGGACAAUCUAAAGAUGGACAAGUUAAAGACCAGCAGACUGAUGAGGAGCAACCCUCAAAGAAGCAAAUCCAGGGUCAGCAAACCGAAGACCAGCAGACCCAAGAGAAGAAAUCCCUGAAAGGACAAUCCCAAAAUGUUCGAGCUGAAGGACAGCAAGCUCAGGUGGAGAAAGUGCCAAAACUGUUAUGCCAAGAUUCAGAAUCCCAAAUACAGCAAUACCAAUUCUGGCAAUACCACAAAAGCAGUCUCCAGACUGGACAACCCAAGACUGUAAAUCUUUUGGCCAAGAAUCCCCUGAAUGGAUAA